AUGGGUAAACCUGUUGAGGACCUGGCCGUGAUCCCAGGCGAUGACCUCCCUUGGUGGAAGCACGCCCACUUGCGGAAGCUCAAUUUCAUCACCUUGUCUAUGGUGUUGUUCUCUUCUGCCAAUGGUUACGAUGGAUCCAUCAUGGGCGGUCUCCUUGCCCUUCCUCGAUGGAACGCCUUUACGCACAACCCCUCCGGCGCAUACCUUGGUUGGAUCACAGGUAUCUACUGGCUCGGAAACGGUAUCGCCUUCCCCAUCGCCGCCAUAUGCUCCAACCGUUGGGGUCGCAAGCCUGGCAUCUACGUCGGAUACUUAUUCCUGAUUCUCGGUGUCGUCAUGCAAACGGCAGCCCAAAACGAAGCGACCUUCACCUACUCCCGUCUCUUCAUCGGUAUCGCCGCCUCGUGGCUCGGAAACUCGGCUCCUCUCUUGAUUAACGAGAUCGCCCACCCGAAGCAACGAUCCAUCGCCAAUGCCCUAUUCAUGGUCGGCUGGUACUUUGGCGGUACGCUCUGCGGUUGGGUCACUUUUGCCUGCCGUGACAUUGCCUCGGACUGGUGCUGGCGUAUUCCCGUCGUUCUCCAGAUUGUCCUUCCCUUCGUUGCCUUGCCCGGCUUCCUCUUAUCGCCUGAGAGUCCUCGUUGGCUGAUUAGUGUUGGACGCGUCGAGGAGGCCACCGAGAUUCUGGCCACUCACCACGCAGGUGGUAACAGAAACGAUCCCUUGGUAACCUACCAAGUUGUUGAGAUCCAGGCCACCAUUACCGCAGAAAAGGAGGCUUCUUCCAGCGCUUCGUAUAUGGAUAUGAUCAAGACACCAGGAAACCGUCAUCGCCUCUUUAUCUCUGUUACUCUCGGUAUCUACGCCCAAUGGGCUGGUAAUGGCGUCGUGUCAUACUAUCUCCUCAUCCUAAACUCGAUUGGAGUCACAUCAGUCACGAACCAGACCUUGAUUUCGGCUUGCCUGAACGUCUGGAACCUGCUGUGGGCAAUCGCUGCCGCCACCAGCGUCGACAAGCUGGGUCGCCGUUUCCUGUUCUUGACUUCUGCCAGCGUCAUGUUGGUGAGCUUCAUCAUCAUUACUGGCCUCAGUGGUUCUUUCGCCACGACCCAGUCAUCGGCCAUCGGAUCCUCGGUCAUCCCAUUCUUGUUCAUCUUCUUUGCUGGAUACGACAUCGCCAUGACUCCCUUCCUCACGGCCUACCCUUGCGAGAUUUGGCAGUUCAGCCUCCGAUCCCGAGGUCUCACCGUCACCUGGUGCUCAACCGUCAUCGCUAUCUUCAUCAACACUUUUGUGAACCCCAUUGCACUGGAGGCUAUUCACUGGAAGUACUACAUUGUAUUCAUCGUGAUGCUCGCUCUCCUUUGGAUCACCGUCUUCUUCGCCUACCCCGAGACUCGCGGACACACUCUGGAGCAAAUGGCUGUCAUCUUUGACGGUGAUGAUGCUGCGGUGCCUCCUGCGGCUGCUGUGAGUGAGAAGACUGAGGCUUUGGUCACUCAUGGAGAUGAUGAGGAUAAGAGACAGUACCAGAGCGAUGCUGAACACAGAGUUUGA